GGCAGGAUUGGUCCUGGGAUUCUUCCCUCUACCUCAAGAAAACUUUUAAAUUCCAGCAAAGGAGCUUCAUAGGAUGUGAAGAAAACCCUUGCUGGCUGGAAACAUGCUUUCUCAAGGUUUGCACCGGUAAGUUUCCAACUCCUAGCUUUGCUUGCUAGCAUCUAAAGUAACAACUAACAAAGCCAGUGACUGGUAUGCACAAAAGAAACUGUAACCAUCGACGGGCACUGAUGGAUGAGUUGACAGUUGAGCCGAAUCUGGUGUUAGCUCCCUCUGAUUUCCCCUCUUGGCCGGUUUCUUCUCUUCCAUGCCCUCCUUCCCUUCUUUGAGAAGAGGAAAAGGGCAAGGGCUUCACCACGAACGUUCAUGUUACCAUCCUGCCAACGGCACCGCGUGAAAAAGGUGAGGUACAUUGCUUUUGUGUCUCGAUGCGACAAUCUCUGUUUCUUUCGAGAAAUGUCCAGUGAUGGCCUGUUUCGGCUAGGCAACGAAUCGAAAAAUGAGGAAACAAUAGCGAGGCAAAUUUGCCGAAAGCAGGUUGCCGUUUGUGCGCAAGGGAUGCCCCUGGUUUCGUGUCGCCCGCCCAUAGUAUCAGCUCUCAACAGGUACCUCAGUGCUAACCACAGCACGUCACAUCCUCCGGAACAGAAACGCUUGCAAAGCAAGCCUGCCUGCAGUGCACGCCGAACUCAUGCAACCCUAUCCUAACCACAUCCCCAAUAUACUCCCAUUGGGAUGGUGUUCCGGCACGGAGAAGAGCUCUAAUCUUACAGAUUACUGUUAGUGUAUGAAAUUUCCUUGCAAACACGGCAUUGAACGGAAAACUGUGAUUAGGAUAAAAUCAGCAUCAUGGUAUCAUUUAUGUCUCUCGACGAGUACGAAUGCGUGCGAAGCAGGGCUGGAUCGAUCGGUAAUCUUUGGAAACCGCCAUUUUUACGUGAGGAGUUGGUCCACAACCGCCGUCUCAACAUGGUCUCGAUGAUGAAACGCCUGAAACCGCCUCAGAGUUUUCCAUAAAACUUCACAACACGGUGGGCCCACCACUCUCCACACUGUGCCAUUCCUCUCCAAUCCCCCUCUAUAAAAGGCACCUCCACGCCUGACCGUCCCCUUCGCAAGGCAAGAUCGAGCAGGAUCACUCAAGCCAAGCAGCAGCAGCAAGCCUCUUGCAGAGUGCUGAGCAGAGCAGCAGCUCCCUGCGCGCGCAUGGGAUCCUUGUUGGGCCCUACCGUGACCGUGAACGUGAGCAUGACCAAGCCCGGCGCUGCGGCUGCCGGCGGCGGGCAGCAGCCGCCGGAGAGGAAGGAGGGCGGCGGCAGGUGCGGCGUGCUCGGCUGCGGCUUCCGGAUGCCCCUGCACUACCCGCGGUACAAGAAGGAGGACUACGAGGGCAUGCCGGAGUGGCGCGUGGACAGCCUGCUCCGCGAGUACGGCCUCCCCGCCGACGGCGACCUCGACAGCAAGCGCCGCUUCGCCAUGGGCGCCUUCCUCUGGCCCGACCAGUACUGAACAGCGGGAGGAAGCUCGCCGUGGCCCGCCGUGAUCGAUCUGAUCUCACCAUGCUCGGAGGACGAGCUGCACCUCCACGCAGCUUCAGUGAUUACGUUACAUAUAGCGAUAACAACCUGAUUGAGUCAGUCAUCACACUCACUAUUUAGAAAGAGAUCGUCCUAACUUAUCAUCAUCUGCUUGUAAUGGCCGGACAUGACACAGAGGCGGUGAAUGCGUAUGUUUCUUGCGCCCUGUAUAGCUAUGGCGGAAUAAUAAGAUGUGCUCAUUCUCUAUCAGA